AUGUUGAAAGAGCCGAAAGAUUUCAAACCGGAAGAUUAUCGGGUGGUACUAAAGUGUGAUAAGCAAAUGGCGAAAGGUCAGCUGAAAGGUGGUACGGUGGUUAAUUUUGAUGAGUUACCAUUCUCGAAGCAUGCAGACUCGGUUCAAAACGCGAUUGAUGCUUGGCAAUGGAUCAUUGCACCGAUGAAAGUGGAUGAAUUUUUCGAUAACAUCUUCGAAAAUAAAACAUUGGUGGUGCACAGAAAGAAUCCACAAUAUUAUGGCAAUCUAUACAGUACGAAAAAGUUCGUGAAGAUUUUACAAGAGCAUUAUUUGGAAUAUGGCACCCAUGUGAAUGCGGCUGUGUAUAUCGAUGGUGAACGAUACACGCCAAAUGGGAUCGGCAAGGUGUAUCCAAAUGAGAUACGUGCCCAUCUCAAUGCUGGCCAUUCAAUUCAAUUUGUUAACCCACAAACAUAUUGCAAUAGCGUAUGGCACUUAUGCGAUACUAUCCAAGAAAUGUUUGGGUCUUUCGUAGGAGCGAACACAUAUUUAACACCAGCCGGAACAGCCGGUUUUGCACCGCAUUGGGAUGAAAUUGAUGCAUUCUUGAUGCAAGUGGAGGGGCGCAAACAUUGGAAAGUUUUCGCUCCGGUAGGAGAAGGCGAUGCUCUGCCGCGGGACUCGAGCGGAAACUUCUCGGAUUCGGACCUGGCUGGUCGUACACCGGUAUUUGACGGAUGGAUUGAGCAAGGCGAUCUCAUCUACAUUCCGAGAGGUUUCAUUCAUCAGGUAUUCAUUCAUUCAUUGUGCUAUUGA